CAAGAUGAGUGGCGAUGUGGCAGAUUCCACAGAUUCGCAGCAUGAAGGCAGUCACAUAGAACCUGGAAAUGAACGAAAUGGACUGGAUUUCAGCAGACAGAUUAAGACGGAAGACCUCGGUGACUCUUUGCAAACCGCCAUUCCCUCCAGAUCAAGCCACCUGGUACAAGGGCCCUCGAUGAUGCCUGGAGGGCAAAUUGCUGGGGAUAUGAGUUCUCUUCACACGUUACAACAGCUUGUGCAGGUUCCAGGCCACAUGCAAUCCGUCCCCCUUUUCCUGCUUUCUCAGGGCCCAGGAGGACAACAAGCUCUGCAACCAAAUCUCCUCUCCUUUCCUCAGCAGCAGAGUGGGAUCCUCCUUCCCCAACAUGGGCACAGCUUGACGUCUCAGGCAGUGGGACGUCCUGGGCACCCCGGAUCGUCGUUGGAGCCCCACCUGGAAGUCCCUCAGCACUUACAAGUGAGCAAACACUUGCCGUCCUCAGUGGCAACAGAUGAAGCCAAUGAUCUAGAGGAGCUGGAAAAAUUUGCCAAGACUUUCAAACAGAGGAGAAUCAAACUUGGGUUCACUCAGGGCGAUGUGGGGCUGGCCAUGGGGAAACUCUAUGGGAAUGACUUCAGCCAAACCACCAUUUCCCGCUUUGAAGCCCUCAAUCUGAGCUUCAAGAAUAUGUGCAAGCUGAAACCACUGCUGGAGAAGUGGCUGAGCGAUGCAGAAGCUUCCCCUUUGGACUCUUCCGUGAGCACACCCAGUUCCUACCCAUCUGUGAGCGAGAUGUUUGGCCGCAAGAGAAAGAAACGCACCAGCAUCGAGACCAACAUUCGCUCCACGCUGGAGAAACGGUUCCAAGACAACCCCAAGCCCAGCUCAGAGGAGAUCUCCAUGAUUGCAGAACAGUUGUCCAUGGAGAAGGAAGUGGUCCGGGUUUGGUUCUGUAACCGGCGCCAGAAAGAGAAGCGCAUCAGCUGCCCGAUGCCCUCCCCAAUCAAAUCACCCCUCUACAACUCCAGACUGGUCUCUACCUCAGGAUCCUUGGGUCCCCUCUCUGUCACUCCUGUUCACAGCACCAUGCAUGGGGCAGUGACAUCAUCAUGCUCUCCAGGGAACUCCAGCCGGCCCUCGUCUCCUGGCACGGGACUCCACGCCAGCAGCCCCGGCAUGUCCCAGAGCAACUCCAAAGCAGCCAUCAACUCCUCCAGCUUCAACUCUUCUGGAUCCUGGUACCGAUGGAACCAGCCCACCUACCUCCACUGAAGCCCCAUUCCUCAAAGAACAGUCAACUCCACCUUCUUCUUCUCUGCAGAAAAAGAAAAGGAGCCUGAACUUUUGUGCUAUGGACCCGCUUCUUUGGGAACAGUGGCUCAGUCAAAUGCACGGCCCACAUGUCACAACCAGUCUCCCUUCAACCUCACUUGAUGGCAGCGACUUUGCAAGCAGAACUGUCAAAGAGACUAAAACGGUGACACGUGGCAACGGUGCAUGCACAUGGCAUAAGCCCUUCGCAUCAUGUUGUCCUCAGGCACUUCUGCAUCCGGUUGCCUAAACCUUUUGCUCUGUAACUGAUGCCUGGCGAUCUUCAGCGGGGAAGUGGUUCUGUCUUCUCUCUCUAGUUUGUAAAUGCUUUUUGUUGGGAGGCAACUGUGAAGACGCAUCCAUUCUCCCAUCUAAACCG